AUGCUUCAAGCCACUGCCUCUUUGAUGGCCGAAGCUCGAGCUGAGGAACAAGGUCGUUUGCUAUCCUCUUAUAUGGGUGACAAAACCGAACCGACCGGGGGGACGUUGAAAAGAGAGCUCAGUCGCCGGUCCGGUUACACACUGACUACUCGUCUUCGUACCCGAGUCUGUUCCGAUUCAUGUCUCAAGGUGGUCUAUCUGUCCUGUGCCACCCUUAUCUCAGCCAGUUUCAUAGUGGAAUGUAUCCUGUUGCAUUUGAUUAUUGUGCCCUAUCUGUCCGAAUCGGUGUUCGAGGCUGGAGCAUGCCGAUACAUCAGUUCCCGAUCCGAGAUGAAAAAACGUUGUGAGAACAAGUGCUCGAAAGAACGUUCGUAUUUCCCGUGCCUACAAAUCAGUGUACGAUUCACACCGUUUCGACAAAUACUUCCCGUGUCUGGAGUCGGUACAAACGGGACGGCCACAACUGGAUCGAUUCGAACAGGUGCAGAAUCUGUCUUAGUCCAAUCGUGGAACCGGUUCUUGUCGGAAGGAUUACAUUCGUCCCAGUACGACUCGUUAUGGGACAGUGUACAAAGAAGGGAACUAACUAAGGAGAUGUUGCAAGGUUUGAAUACAACAGAAUCGCGUAUGGUUUAUCUGUAUGAUUAUUUCAGCACAUUUGCCGCACACAAAGCUGCUCGA